GUUUCAGGACAAUUGCAAUUAAUUCAUCAAGCUGAAGACAGGCAAAGGUUGCAUCUUGAAAACCGUAUAUAUAGUGUGUUGUUUUGACGCAAAGUUAAACUGUGCUAGUUGAAGGAUUAAGAGGUUAUAGCAAUGGCUAACGAGUACCUUAUCAAGAAAUGGAGAAUGUGGUUCAAGGCCCUUGAUAGGAAACAUGCUGGACAACUUACACAAGCCGAUGAACAGCGAGACGAGAACGCUUAUGUAAAACUAGCCCAUCUUGAAGGAGAACGCAAAACCGAGGCAAUAAAAACGUUCCAUUCCUUCUGGGACAAGUUUGUGUUCCACGGUAAAUCAGGUCCGGUAACUGAAGAACAGUUCAUCAAACUGACCAACGACGACUACAAGGCAAAUAAGAAAGCAUUUAUCGAGGACAUUAGAAAGGCAUGUGAUGCAGAUAUAAAAGUUAUUGAUCACGAUGGAAAAGGUUUCAUAACAGAGGAAGAGUUUAUCACAGCCGACAAGUCCUUGGGACUGGAAGACGAGGCCUGGAAUAAGAUGUACUUCAAUUCCUUCAAUCCUAAAGAUGGCAAAGUUCCAAAUGCUGUACUUUGUGAUGCGUGGGCAGAUUUUUUAGUCAGUGAAGAUAGUUCAAAGAAAGAUGUUGUGCUGGAUGCGUUCGAGAAGUUUCCAGAUCUGUAAAGAUUAAACCUUGCCCCACAACCCCAUACAUAAAGUAAUACUUAGAACUAUUACAAAACUUCAUCAGACAGUUACAUUUUAUAAACAAAAAAAAUUCAAUGACGUAUAGUAGUCUAUUCUAUAUUCAACGGUUUGACAAAAGUCAAUUUUAUCACAAAGGUUUCAAAUUCACAUGUCAAGUAAAACCUCUGUGUUUAUAUGUCUCUAUAUUCUGAUGUUUUAAGUAGUAAAAUGGUUAUUGACUAA